AUGCCGUAUCAGAGCGCGACCCCACAUGCAGUGCUGUUGGCUCAACCACCCACACCGACCCCUCAUACGACCGCCACCUCUAUUUGUGCGAAUUCCACUCACCAAUACUGCAGGCAGAACUCCGUUCGUACGGACUCCUGCUCCCAAACACAGCAAGAACAGAAAUCUGUUCUUGAGAAUACCACUUAUCGAACACAGCAAUACAGAGGACCGAACUCCAUUCCUACGGAUGCCAGUUACCGAACACAGCAAGAUAGGAUCUUGUUCCUGAGAAUGCCGCUGCUUCAAUAUGCGACCACACAGGAGGUAAAACUUCAGAAGAAUCAAAGGAUGCGUGCUGACACAGAGCCUUUCCAAAG